AUGACGCACGUCUUUGUGACACAUAUUCGCCCCAUCAUUGAGUACGCCUCGACAGUCUGGAACACAGGCUACAUUGAAGACGUCCGACGGCUUGAAGCGGUGCAGAGGCUCUGGACACGUCACAUCAAAGGCCUAGAACACAAAACAUACGAGGAGCGUCUCAAGGUACUGGAUUUAUACUCGAUCAAAGGCAGACUUCUCCGUGCAGACCUUAUCAAGACCUGGAAAAUCUUCCACGGCCUGUCUCCUAUCAAGCCGUUGGACCUAUGGGACAUGGCUCCAGCCGGUCGCACACGUGGCAACACCCUCAAAAUCAAGUUCCAGAGGCGCCAGCUCGACUCGACAAAGCGGUACUUCACGGACAGGAUCGUGAAGGACUGGAAUGCACUACCCAACUCGACUGUCACGAUGAACUCUCUGGCGGAAUUCAAGUCAUCCCUGGCAGGAAUACUUGGCGACAGGCUCUAUGAGUACCUCGCCUGA